UGCAAGAAUGUGCUCCCUCCCCAUGGCAAGAUACUACAUAAUUAAGGAUGCAGAUCAGAAGGCUCUGUACGUAAGAGACAACCAGCUCCUGGUGGGAGAUCCUGACUCGGACAACUGCUGUGCAGAAAAGAUCUGCAUACUUCCCAACAGAGGCCUGGACCGCACCAAAGUUCCCAUCUUUCUGGGGAUCCAGGGAGGCAGUUGCUGCCUGGCAUGUGUGGAGACAGCGGAGGGGCCUUCCCUGAAGCUGGAGGAUGUGAACAUCGAGGACCUGUACAAGGGCGGUGAGCAGGCCACACGUUUCACCUUCUUCCAGAGAAGUUUGGGCUCCGCCUUCAGGCUUGAGGCUGCUGCCUGGCCUGGCUGGUUUCUCUGUGGCCCAGCAGAGCCCCAGCAACCAGUGCAACUCACUAAGGAGACUGAACCCUCUGCCCGCACUGAGUUCUACUUCGAACAGAGUCGGUAG